GCUGCGCCGGGACCUGCCCCGCAGUUGCGCAAGUUGCACUGUGGAGCUAUAAGAGGGGCUGGCAGGCAUGGAGCUCCACAGGGAUCCUGCUACCAGCAACUGCGAGGCCCAAAAAGCUCAUCCUGAGAAGGAAAAUGCGCUGCGGACCCCUGUGCCAGUUCCUGUGGCUUUGGCUCUGUCUAUCCUACAUUCAAGCUGUGCCCAUCCAAAAAGUCCAAGAUGACGCCAAGACCCUCGUCAAGACCAUUAUCUCCAGGAUCAAUGACAUCUCCCACAUGCAGUCAGUGUCCUCUAAACACAAGGUCUCUGGUUUCGACUUCAUUCCUCGUAACCCGGACCUGAGUUUCCUCAAGAUGGACAAGACAUUAGCAGUCUAUCAAGAGAUCAUCAUCAACCUGUCUUCCCGCAAUACAGGGCAAAUAUCGAAUGACCUGGAAAAUCUCCGGAAUCUUAUCCGCAUGCUGGCCUCCUCUAAGGGCUGCCCUCUGCCGUACACCAGGGGCCCAGAGGCGCUGCGGAACCUGGAUGGUGCCCUCAAAGAGUCAGUCUACUCCACAGAGGUGGUGGCCCUCAGCAGGCUGCAGAGGUUUCUGAAGGAAAUGCUGCGGCAGCUGGACCUCGGCACCAUGUGCUGAGGCCUUGAGGCUGCCCUUCCCCCGAGAUCACGUUGAAGGAAGAAAUCUUGGCUUCCGGGUGCCUCUGGGAGAAGAGAUCCUUGGGAAGACAUCCCUUAUCCAAAAUCUUGUCCAUUUCUCUUUUCUAAGCCACCCUUCCUAAGGCAUAGGAUCACAUUGCUUGAUACCAAAGAUAUACACACAUGGUUCCCUGAUCACCAGGAAGGGGGCCCAUGCAAUAAACAGUGCAUUGUA